AUGGCGAACAAAGAUGAUGAGCUGAUUCCUCAAGAGGAGCAACACCAAGCCACAACAACUGUCAAAAAGCGCAAGUCCGAACUUGCCGAAAUCCAAGUCGACCUCUCUGCUCCUGAGCCCCCAUCCAAGAAGGCCCGCCGUCUCCUCAAAAAGGGCAAGAAGUUACCUAAGAAGCAGAGCGAAAGCGGUGAUGAAAACGAGGAACCGGCAGAAGACGGAAAAGCUGAUGGUGUUGCUGAUGACAAGAAGAAAAAGAAGGAACGUUCUCCUUAUGGUGUUUGGAUCGGAAACCUCCCAUUCUCCGUCACCAAGGCCGAUUUGCGGAAAUGGCUGGUCGACAACUCUGGCGGUGUCAUAACCGAAGAUCUCAUUACCCGUGUGCAUAUGCCAACCAACAAGCCCAUGGCUGGGUCGAAGAGAACGUUUGAAAACAAGGGGUUCGCUUAUGUCGACUUUGCAACCUACGAAGCUAACACAGCCGCUAUUGCCCUCUCUGAAACAGAGCUUAACGGCAGAAGGCUUCUGAUCAAAGAUGCCAACAAUUACGAAGGGAGGCCGAAGAAGGAGGAGCCUGAGGCUGCUGUGGCGAAGAUUCCCGAGGGAAGGAGUAGCACAAAAAUUUUCGUCGGCAACCUUGCCUUCAACACCACCGAGGAUGACCUGUGGGCGCACUUUGAAAAAUGUGGCAAGAUUCGCUGGGUCAAGGUGGCUACAUUUGAAGAUUCUGGCAAGUGCAAGGGUUACGGCUGGGUGAUGUUUGAGGAGCCUGAGGCAGCACAGUGGGCUGUCAAGGGGUUUGUUAAAAUCCGCGAGACGGUUGAGACAGUUGAGGACUUCAUGGAUGGAGAGAGUAAGGCUGAUGGCGACGGAGACACUGAGAUGAAGGACGCCAAAGAAGACAGGGAAGAAGCUGGUUCAGAGGAAAAUGCAGAAGAUGGCGAUGAUGAGACGGACUCGAAGCCGGAAAAGCCAAAGAAGAAAGAGCUGAAGGAGCCACGCACCCGUAUCCGUAAAUGGUGGGUGAACCAAUUGUUUGGGCGCAACCUGAAAGUCGAGCUGGCAGAGGACGAUCAGACUCGGUACCAGAAGCGAUUUGGUAAGGGAGCGAAGAAGAAGCAGAAGCAAGAAGUGUCGAAGAAGAGUACGAAGAGCGAUACCAACGCUGCCAGCAAAGAGAAGGGCAGCAAGAGCAAGGAGUUGAAGGAAAAAACUACCAAGCAAGAGCCUAGCUACGCGACUGAUAUCAACGUUGCUAGGCUCACCGGCGCGGUGGUGGCGCCACAGGGCAAAAAAGUUAAGUUUGACGAUUGA